AGGACAUCGAAUCAUAUAGAGGAAACAAUCGAAGUACUUGAGGAAAAAUGGAUAAGUCAUCUUCAAGUUUGAGUUCUUUAGCCAUCACAAACCUUGCGCUGAAUGGGAAAGGCACCAUUUGUAACACUGUGCCGGUCAGUAACCGGGGUAAGAGGGUACAGAUGGUUAAGAUGCUCUGCCUGACAGUUCUGCCUAUACUGGCUCUUUGGAGCUAUUGUGUCUACCAGCUUACCGACAUCGUGGCUACCAAAACAGACAAUGCAAAGGUUCGCGAGUCCUUAGAAUUCAGCAUUGAAGUAGGACGGCUGAUUCAUCAUUUGCAAAAGGAACGUGAUCUCAGUAUAUUGUAUCUGAGUGCUCUUGGACCCGAUACCAAAACUUUUCUCAUCAAGGAGUACCAAAUUACAGACGAGUCCAUUGAAAGCAUUGCCAAAUGGCCCGGAAACUUGGAUAUAUUCAAUCGCGAUGCAUUCCGGUCCAAGAGCAAGAUGCUUCAACACUUAGGUCAACACCGACAACAGUUAAACCAAAUGUCCUCGAAUAUCAACAAAGAAAUGACGUUCUACACAUCUAUUAUUGACAUCAUCAUUUUCUGGGGCUACAAAUCCAUUGUUGAGUCUAAAUUUGCAGUGGUAUGGAAAUCGCUCGUUGGUUUUCAGAAAAUUACAGCUGCCAAAGAAGAUUUGGGUUUGGAGAGAGCACUUGGAACCAUGUUUUAUGCUCGCGGUGGGUUUGAAACUCAUCUGCAAUUUGAGCAAUACAACAUGAAAAUAUUUGGUUUUCAAUCUAACUAUAAAACAGCUCGUCUGUACUCUCCAGACGUUGACUACAUUGGAUCUUACGGCCUCGUCUCCUACGGUAGAAACGUCAGCAUUGUCUUAAAUAAUUAUCGUUCCUACAUCCAAGACCACGGAGAAGAGGAACAAAAACAAUCCAAAAUCGACAUGAGGAGUGCCCGGUGGUUUUACGAUAAUACAUCUCUAUAUCUGGACACUCUGCUCAGUCUACAGACUUCUCUUGGCAACAUUUGUCUUCAGAAGGUAGACAAGAUACUGCAAGACUCUAAUCGAGACCUCAUUAUAAGCUCCUGUGUCUUGGUCUUUGUUUUGAUAUCGUGUUCUUUGGUCAUCCUCAGUACUGAAAGUUUAACCAGCAACAUACAGAAAUACGCCGUGAUUCUAGUUGACAAAACGAAGGAAUUGAACUUUGAGAAAAAGAGGACAGACUCCUUGUUAUAUCAGAUGGUACCAAAAGAAGUAGCGGACAAGUUAAAGAAGAAGGAAGGAAUCGAGGCGGAGUUUUUCAAAUCAGUAACUGUUCUAUUUUCUGACAUUCACGGCUUUUCCCUUCUGUCAAUAACCUUACAGCCUUUGGAAAUUGUCCAGCUUCUGAACGCUCUCUAUGGCGCCAUCGACAUUCUCCUUGACAACAGGGACUUGUACAAAGUGGAGACAAUCAAUGACUCUUACAUGGUGGUUUCAGGUUUGCCACAUCGCAACAACAAUAAACACGUGAUUGAGAUAGCUGAAUUUGCUCUGUCUGUUCAAAGAAUGAUGAGGGAGCAUGCAUUCUCCAAUAGAGAAAAGGGCACUAUUCAACUCAGGAUCGGAAUAAAUACGGGUCCAUGUAUGGCGGGAAUAGUGGGCUCCACAUUGCCCCGCUAUUGCUUGUUCGGUGACACUGUCAAUACCGCGUCAAGGAUGAAGUCUCACAGCCAGCCUAGUAAGAUACAUAUCAGUCAUACAUCCUACGUACUUCUAUCCAAGACCGGCAACUAUGUAAUGAAGAAGCGUGGAACCAUUGAUAUUAAGGGUAAAGGUGAGAUGGUGACCUACUGGUUGGUUCAGUCCAUGUCCAGCAGUGGAAGUCUGGCCGAGAGCCCGGUAUCGGACAGCAGUGCCAAUGAUGACCUGCCCGGAGAGAUUACCCACAAUAGAUAUGCCCUGGGGGCUCUGAGCUACAACCCUCUGCCUGGGAGAAAGACAAAAAAGGACGAGAAGGUCACGGCAAGAGUACCACCUAGCGGCGUAACGAAGGUUGCUGAAAAGAAACACACCAUUGGCAAACAGAAAGCUAGGCAGUUAGAAGAAGAAAAUGAGAGUGAUGAAAAUGGAGAGGGUCAAAAGGCUACUCCUCUUCAAAAGGAAGAGAGAGACAAAAUGAUCAUGCCUGUUGACCUUCAAGAAUCGCAGGCCGACCUUCACACGCAGUGACAAGGUCAUUUCACCUGCAGCUGUACCAGCCGACAGUUUUACUGUUACAUGAGUACAAAAAGUACAGUUUUCGGGAUGUUGUUUAUUUAACCAGUAUUCUUCAAGAUUAACAAGAACAUGUUUAAUAUCUUAUUAGAACCGUUUUAACAAGAGUUUGGACUUUGGGCAGUCCGUAUCAAACUCAAACUUGAUGGAGACGGAUGAUCUUAUGAUUAACUGCCCAGUCAUUGGCUGAUAGAUUUAAGGGCAUUAAACACAACGGCACCUGUCCGACUUCAUCCACCAGGGUUGUAUUUUUCAGUUUAAACAGCAUCAAUUUUACUCAAAAAAUUAAUAUGAUUUCGACAGCCUAUGAAAUAUUGUUAGCUUCUUUCAGUGAAUCAAAAAGAAGGUACUCAACAUUAAAUUUUCAACAUUUUCACAAUUGAAUAUUUACAUAGAAACUGAUAUGAUGUUUUGGACCAUACAUUACAAAAUCGAUUGGUAGUGUAUUCAUAGACAAAGACACUGGAAAUGUAAAUAUAUUGUAAUGAAUAUUGAGAUGUCGGCGUACUUUGAGUGCAGGUGCCGGUGAUUCAGAGACCACAACCAAUUUAAUACGAUUAAUACUAAAACGAUAUAAUGUGCAAUUUGAUAAAAUUAUUGUUUGUGAUUAAAUAGUAUUGAUCAAUUAUUGAGCAAUACAAUUCAUUAAACUUACUGAAACUAAGAAAUAUGAAUUUGGCCAGGUCAUUGUCAUUGAUCAAAUUGAUAUUUCCACACCGGAAGAAAUGCUGUUUGUAAAUAUAAGAUAUAUCUUUUUGCAUUUUUAUGUCAUUGUGCAACUCGCCUGUAUAUGUUAAAAUAAAAUGUCGUACAGCA